UGCGUCCUGUAAAUCCUGUAUUUUACACAGAUAAUGUAUGAUAGUGAUUUCACUCCUGAAGCUCAUUUCUAAUUGGUUAAACUGACGGUGUUACGACACUGUUUUCGUUUCCAACAGCUCCAAAAUCAAUCGGAGAACAGUACUUGGUGUCUCCUACCUCCACAUUUUCCGCUCUCUGUCCAUUUGUAGGAAGAAAUGUAUAAAAUCCCCCUUUACUUUCCUCAGGAGUGCCAGUCAAUGCAUGUGCGCUCUCGCGCGUGUGUGAGUGAGGUGUCAAUCAAAGCGGCGGCUUCUCUUUCAUCUCUAUAGUCAGUCAGAGAUCAGGGGGAGGAGUACAGCACUACACUCUCUCCAGCCCAACAUUACUCUCAGUCUCUGCUGAGCGCAUUUCUGAAGAGGGACACCUUUAUACCCAAGAAACCAAACGGGAAUGACACACAGCAUCUGAACUCGAGUACUUUUUUUUUUUAACUGUCAAAACCGUCCUGCGUUCAACUAUAACUUCUAACUUUUGCUUUUAAAAACACCACAGGAGUCGUACUUUAACUUGUGAAGCACUCCGCGUCGCUAUAUUGGAUUCUCGAGUGUUGCACCGGUCGCGGGAAGCGCUAACGCGCGUGUUUGGAGGUGAAAGUAUACGGGGGUUUUCUGUCGCACGCGUUCGCUUUCCGGGCGUUUGUAGGGUGAGGAGGACUUUCAAUCACCCGAGAAAUGCCGCAGUUGUCAGGUGGAGGAGGCGGCGGGGACCCGGAGCUCUGCGCCACCGAUGAAAUGAUCCCGUUCAAAGAUGAGGGAGACCCGCAGAAGGAGCAGAUCUUCGCGGAGAUCAGCCACUCUGAGGAGGAGGGAGACUUAGCGGAGAUCAAGUCAUCUCUGGUCAACGAGACAGAAAUCAGUCCUAACAGUCACGACGCAGCUAGACAGUCCCAAAUAACACCAGACUCUUAUCAUGAGAAGCACAGGGACCAUCUGGAUGAUGGUAAGCAUCAAGACAUGUACAGCAAAGGCCACCCGUACCCCAGUUACCCAGGAUACAUCAUGAUGACCAAUAUGAACAAUGAACCCUACAUGAACAACGGCUCUCUCUCACCUCCCAUUCCCAGAAUGUCAAAUAAGGUGCCAGUGGUCCAGCCGUCCCAUGCCGUUCACCCCCUUACCCCUCUGAUCACAUACAGCGAUGAGCACUUCGCACCCGGCCCACACUCGGGACAUCACCCACAGGACAUCAACUCCAAGCAAGCAGGUAUGCCCAGGCAUCAUCCUGGACCGGACAUUCCCAAUUUCUACUCCCUUUCCCCUGGGGGAGUUGGACAGAUGACCCCUCCUCUGGGAUGGUUCUCUCAUCACAUGGUACCAGGCCCUCCUGGACCCCAUGCCACGGGAAUCCCCCAUCCUGCCAUUGUCAACCCACAGGUGAAACAUGAACCACAGCACGAAGCAGACCUGAUGCACAUGAAACCUCAUCACGACCAGAGAAAGGAGCAGGAGCCCAAAAGACCUCACAUUAAGAAACCUCUAAACGCUUUCAUGCUGUAUAUGAAAGAGAUGCGUGCCAAUGUGGUGGCCGAAUGCACGCUGAAGGAGAGCGCCGCGAUCAAUCAGAUCCUCGGGCGGAGGUGGCAUGGUUUAUCUCGGGAAGAGCAAGCUAAGUAUUACGAAUUAGCCCGCAAGGAACGGCAGCUCCAUAUGCAGCUUUACCCAGGAUGGUCUGCCAGAGACAAUUAUGGAAAGAAAAAGAAGCGGAAGCGGGAAAAGAUCCAGGAACCUGCUUCAGGUACAGGCCAGAGAAUGAAAACGGCGUACAUCUGAACAAUGGU